CUCCAGUCUAUUAUUUCAGACAUGGGAUCAAUUUACUCGGCAGCAAAACCUUGUCUUUCAAACGGGGAAUGUAUGCUUAUAGAACCAGGCCUUACUAGGACCAUGACGGAAUCUCAUGACUAUGACCUUCUCCUGUCUGCCUGGAAGGGCUGGCGUGACGAGACGGGAGCUAAGAUGGUCGACUUGUACAGAGAAUACGUCGCCUUGAAGAACGAGGGUGUUCGAGAACUGAACUUCCCCAACUAUGGUGCCUACUGGCGCUCAUGGUACGACACAGAUGACCCAGAUUAUAGGUUUGAAGACGACGUAUUCCAGCUACUGAGACAGGUGCAGCCGUUGUAUGAGCAGCUCCACGCUUACGUGCGACGCCACUUGAGAACGAAGUUCGGAGAUGAUAAAAUGCCAACAACUGGACACAUCCCUGCCCAUUUAUUAGGAAACAUGUGGGGCCAAACGUGGGAUACCCUCUAUGGAGAACUGGCACCCUUUAAGAACAAAAAACCGGUUGACGUCACAGCAGAGAUGAUCAAAAAGAACUACACAGUGCACACAAUCUUUGAGUCUGCUGAGGGCUUCUUCAAGUCAAUAGGUAUGCUACCGAUGACAGAUAUUUUCUGGAACAAAUCCAUGACGGAAAGGCCGAAAGAUGGAAGGAUUGUUGACUGUCAUGGAUCAGCCGAGGAUUUUUAUAAAAAGGACGACUUCAGAAUCAAGAUGUGUACGGAGAUCACCCAAGAGUCUUUCAACACUGUCCACCACGAGAUGGGACAUAUUGAAUACUUUAUGUUGUACGCUGACAAGCCACUUGUUUACAGAGACUCAGCUAAUCCAGGAUUCCAUGAAGCUGUUGGAGACCUCAUUUCCUUGUCCGCGCAGACUCCGGAGCAUUUGGUUAAAGUUGGACUUCUUGACCCAAAUUACAAGGCAGACAAUGAUACUUCGUGAGUUUCAUCAUUCAGUUCCAGUUCCAGAAAGCUGCCUGUGAGGCCGCAGGACACACCGGCCCCUUGCAUCACUGUGACAUCUACCAGAAUGCCGAAGCUGGACGACGCAUCAGAUCUAUGCUGGAGCUUGGCUCCUCACGACCCUGGCCGGACGCUUUGGAGCAACUGACCGGAAGUCGCAGAGUAGACGCGUCUGCUCUGUUGGAAUAUUUCCAGCCGUUGCACGAUUACCUACGGAAAGAAAACGGAAAUGAUUACGGAUGGGACCCCAUAUGCCCGAGAUCUGUGCAGAGAAAGACUUCAAGCUGCUCAGCGUGCAAGAAGUGUCCACCUGGCACUGCUGGGAUUAAACCAAGUAUCACUUAUCAAGAAGUGUUGAUCCUUAGUUUGGUGUCGUUGAUCAUUGGUUCUUACUUAUGUGACUCGCGAAAUUGAGCCUGUUUGGAUUGCAAUUAUUUUAUGAGAUACCCCCCUUUUUUUAAAGGCUUGAUUGGAGAGUUUCUAACUACGUAGAAACGUUGCUUGUUAUUUGGAAAAAGUUUUUAAAUCGCGUAUUAGAUUAUGACUGCGUUGUCAGAACCAAAUAAUGUAUGUAUAUUACAUGUAUGUUAUAUUCAACGUUGUUGUACUUCUAAGAACCAAAACAAGUGUCAAACUGCAUGUAUUAUAUUCUACACGAAUGCAUGUUUAUGAUUUUUCAAAAUAUGUGUAUUUUGGACAAUAAAAUACCAAUUUCUUUCUGUU